UCUACAUAAACCAGAAGGUCAAGAUGCAGGCGGUAGCCUUCAAAGACAAGAGACGGGGAUCCGCAGGCAAUAAAGCUGCAGAUGACCCUAACUAUGAGAACAUCACCUUUACCUUCAAAAACCAGAACCAGCCAAAGGGCAGUCAUUCACCACCCAAGAACAAGGUGCCAGCCGAGUCCAGGCCACCCUCAGACACUGCCCAGGGACACCACUGGUUGCCUAAAGCCAUGAUGAGUCUGAACACCUUCUUGACUCUGUCCUGCAUGGUCCUCUUAGCUGUGGUCCUGGUGAAGAAUUCCGAGAUGUCCAGGGAGCUGGUGGUCUUGAAAAAGGAGCUCUGGAACGUCUCCGCUUCGGUGCAAGAGUACCAGGAAGAGCAGAAGACUCAGUGGGGCAACGUGGAACAGCGUGUCACGGCAGCCAAGCAGAGCAUCGACACAGUCAUGAGGAACGUCCAGGAAGGGAACCCGAAACGGAGGCAGCUGGCCACAGUCCCAAACAUAGACGAAGUCAAGAAAACACUACAGGAAAUCCUCAAUAUACUGAAGACGUCAAAACCAAGUCCCACACCUCAAUGAGUGAGAAAAUCUCACAGCCCUGGCUGCACCGUGGAGGAAUGACAGCACUUCUUCCUAGAAGAAGGAACAUGGGGACCCACGCUGGUCUGAAGCUGCCCUUCCUCCCACAUGUAGAAAAUCGCAUGUCUUGCGAAUGAGUGUUGUGGAGCUGCAUGUGUGCAUGUGCGUGCGUGUGUCAGGGUAAGCUCUUCAAGGAGGGUGGGUAUUUCAGUGUGUUGCACAGGAAGGUGUUGUGGGUGAAUGUUGAUGGUGAGUGUGGUGUGCUUCCGGGUCACUGUGCAUGGGCAUACAUACACGCGUGGGCUGUGGCAUGGCGUGAGUGUAGUUCGUGUCACUGUGUGCGGCUGUGGGGACCACAAAGGCGUGUCACUGUAGGUGUGGGUGUCGGUGACAC